UUACUUCCUCUUUUUCUUUCGUGCAUGCAUUAUGCAUUGGUGUGUAACCAAAGACUCUGGUCUCUGACGCAACUCGACAGCCUGACUUGUCCAGUUUCCAUUACCACAUUCAUUCGUUCACAGAAUUUCAUUUAGGCUAUAGAGCUUCAAGUUCAAGUUUAGGAUAGCAAAAUAGCUCUCAUAUUUCUGGCACCCCGUUUUGUUUCUGAAGUUGCGAGCGCCAUAAAACACUUACUAAAACUAUAAGAGAGGCCUGCCAUUGUUAAGUGUGUAAACAAAGAAUGGUCUGGUCGGCGGCCGGUCCCACAUCCCGCCCCACCAUGUUGACCAGUCAUACAGGAAACGACAAUAUAAAAAGAUAAUGGGAUCACUGGUCAAGUUAACAAUGCCUUUAUUCAGCCGUGACACAACACAAGAGGGCGUGACAAUACGGAUUACAAUUCUAGGAAGGAUUAAUUGUUCUAUCAAUUGAAAGAGCAAUUAUUGUGCUAUUAUGCUUUUACUCAACAUUGGUGAUAAUGCUGUUUUGCCCUCGACUGAUAAAAUUUACUUCCAUGAUUGUCGUCGUGAUAUGGCUCAUCUCAUUGGUUGGUGCAAAAGUUCAUAAGGUAUCAGUGGAGACUGACACCACAGAGAGUGUCUGUCAACGUGAGAUUGUUGUCAAGGAGAUCGCCUCAGAAUAUCAUCUUGUUGUGGAACCAAAGAACUGUACAGAGUGUGUUGACUUAGGUUCCUGUGCUGAAAGCCAAAAUAAAAAAAGAUGUACUUUUUCAUUCAGUACUGUUUCAUACCUCAAAGACUUUUACAAGCUGUGUUUUGAUGCUGCCCAGCAAGACUUGGACAAAUGUGCAUGUCCCCGUUCUGUGAAGAAAAAGAAACGGCAAUCUUGUGGUCCACAGAUCUUAUUUAAGGAGAAAGAGUCUGGGCACGAUUCUUUGGAAUCUGAGGACAGACAUCGUGGAGCCUUAACAUGUGCAAGAAGAAAGGGCCCGUCCAAAUGUGUCUCCAUAGAUGGAGGCAGUCUGUCUAUGGUGUACAAGGGUGGAGACUUUUGUGGAGUAAGCGGCUUUACCAAAGUGUACUUAAUGCCGGACGAGAGAAAUUUGUAUGAUUUGAGCAACUGGAGACGUUGCAAUAUAUAUACAAGUGGGGGCAAGGCCAAAGGAGUUCUUGUGUCGCAGCUUAGUCGUGGACUUGAUGGCUUUCCUGAGCGGUGUUACAGGAUGUUACAUUCCCCCUGGUCUUCCAAUAGCAAAAGUGGACAGUUUUGUUUCACCUUUGUUCAUGCAGAUUUUGUGCCACAGGGAGCAACACUUAUGAUACGCCAUCUGUACUCUUUUGAAUCCAGGAAUUUCAGCUCCGAAAACCGUCCAACCAUUGGUGAAGAGUACUGUUUAAAAUGGAACUUCUACAAUAGGAUUGCGAUCAUCGUACGACCCAGAUUUGGUGGAGAUGCAGACCAUCAGUACAAGCACACAUUUGUACUCAGAUAUGAAUUCAAAGCUGAAAAGAAACGUGACAAAGUGACAACUUCAUCUGGUGGCGACAAUGAGGAAGAAGAAGAGGAUGACGAUGGUCCAUCCACCCUGCUUAUUGCUGUCUAUGUGUUUGCACCAGUCGCAUGCAUUGUUUUUGUAAGGAUGAUGUGGUGUUAUUGUUCUCAGAAAGCAAGAAAUGUGGAAUCACAUUCCAGUGAUUGUGAAGACGGCUUGGCACUGAGAGAUCCACCCCGAUCUAAUUACAAUGAUGAGGACACCAGGCUCUCUGCCUACGGACGACAUCAGAGUGAUUCAAGUGACUCUUCCAGUGAUGUUUCCAUUACAGGCAGACCUCGGCCGGACACCCCACCACCUCCACAGCCAUCUUCAAGAGGGAUAAGAACAUCCCGUCCCGCGUCACCAUCGACACGGACUGCAACAAGAAGUACAGCUAGACUUGAGCCUUCUGCACCAUUAGAACCGGCCUCUUCUUCAUCUCUUCCUCCAUCAUAUGAGCAGGUGAUGCAUAGAAGAGGAAGUGAACUCGAGAGCCGCACACCUCCUGUCACGCCCAGUGUUGGUCCUGCUCCAGAUGGUGAGGAGACUGAAAAUCUCCCCCUUAAUGCGGAGGAGAGUGUGCCCCCUCCUCCAGCUUAUAGUUCUCUUUUCCCAGACCAGACCUGACCUUAAUACAGAGAAACUGACCUGUGGGGGGAGCUGUGUCUCUGUUUUGCUACUACAAAGUUCAGUAAUGAUUGUUGUUGUACAGAUUGUGCUCUAUGCCCCCCUUGCACUGCAAUAAUAUUCUCUCUCUCUCUCUCUCUCUCUCUCUCUCUCUCUCUCUCUCUCUCUCUCUAGGAGUGCUGACAGGUCUAUAAAGCAGAGAGUAGCACUCACCAUUAGGCCACAUCUUCUUCCUUCUCCUUAAGGUUAACAUUUUUAUCUGUGCUGUUUAAUUACAAAUCUCAUGAUAUACCUGUCUUCUGUAUUGUUGGGGGCCCGUACAUUCUUCCUCUAUUGUCAAAAUUUAGAAUUUGAGUUAUGACAAAAUAUUGCUUGCACAUGUGCAACCAAUACCACAAAGCAAGAAACUACAAUUUCUAAAGAAUUCAAAUAAUUGCUGGCCGAUGAUAUCCUGCCAGCUUGUGUUUCCUUAAUUAACUUGAGGUUUUCUUGACAGUUCAUUCAUAACACUACAUAACAAAAUAUUUUCAAUGUCUUAUCUGAGUGUUAAGGUGACUCUCCAUCAUGGCUUUCCCUGGAACUGCUUAGCUGUAGAGAAAGUAUGUCAUUUGUCUUGAAGAAGGAGAGGGAUAAUUUUUAAAAAUAUAAGUUUAGUUUUUUCUCUGCUUUUCCAAUGCUGAAAAUUACCCGGUGGAACGGAGUCACCAAAUAUGUGCAGCAACACUAUGUAGCCUGGCAUGAAAGUUUUGUAUAUAUCUGGACUAUAGAGAUGUUAGAUUAGUCAUUUAAUUAUGUUUGGCAGCAUUUAAGUUACAUGGAUUUCAUUUGGUCAGUUUUCUUGAGCCUUGAUGCUUUGCAUGGAUUCUUCCAAAGAGUAAGAGUCCAGAUCCAGGUCAUGUGUUUUCCUAAGCCAAAAAGAAAUAAUACCCGAGUUUUUUUCUGGAUAUUUCCAGGAAGUUUCUCAUUUGGAAAGGUGAUAGAUAUGGUUAUUAUUUAUAUAUGCAAAA